GCAACAUACAACAUCCAUCCGAAACCGCAAACAUCCAACAAUCCACCAUCGCCACCACCACGAACCACAUGAGCCUGAACAAGAUCAAGAAGCGGGACGCGAGCGACUUAUGACUGAUGCGCUCCAAGGGCAACGUCGGCGUCGGCGUCGGGGUCAACGUCGGCGUCGCCGUUGGCAGCGGCAGCCGGUACAAGGUGACGGCCCGCUGUGUGCCCGAAGUGAGCAUCACGUCGCCGACGACAGCAACCGGCUCCAUCCAGCCCAAGCACUUUGCCCUGCUCCGCAGUCGCUCGCAACCUUCGCCGCCGACGUCUAACAUCCUUUUCUCCACGCCAGGCGGGGCCACUUUGGUCGAGGAGGAGGAUUUCAGCUUGGCUAGCGGCAGUGGUGCAGCAGCCAAGAACGUGCUUCAGCGCCAGCUGGCCACCACCGUUCAGCAGGAGGAUCCGGAUCUGGAGCAUUCCGCGCAGGAUCCGCACAGCAAGUUGUCCGACCCGGCGGAACCGCCCAAUGAGCUAACGCCGUUGGUGGAGGAGCCCGGCUCUGUAGCGCCAACCACUUCGAGCCAGCGUUAUAGCCAUAAUUCCAAGACCACGCGCUCCUGGCCCGUCAUCUACCGCAAUCCACAUCACUGCGACUACGAGGCAUUGUACGUGCAACAGCAGCAGCAGCAACAGCAGAGCUUCAAGCAGAACUGCUACUCGAAUCAGUUUAAGCAGUCCAUCGUCUACUCCAGCAGCAAUGAGGAGUUGCCCGGCGGCGAACCGGUAGCCUCGAGUUCCGCCGAUAACCGCCAGACCACGUGCUACUACUUUGCACCCAGCCGGCACAACAGCAUUUAUGAGCACCCCUCCUCGGUGGUUGGGGGAUCCCUGCAGUUCGAUAAUCCAACGACUACAGCAGCAGCGGCGGCGGCAGUCGAGAGUUUGAGGCGGAGCAACAGCAUCCUGUUGCGCCAGAACAGCUGCGCCAAGGUCAUUCAGCGUCGCGGCAGCGGUAGUGGUUCACCCAACUCCCUGGGCUCCCAGAUGGAGGGACUGGGCAUGGGCAUGGGCGGAAGGGGCGCUGGCAGCGCCUGUUGCUCCAGCUGCUGCAUGGGCCCGCCGCCGGUGCUCUUCCUAUUCGUCACGCUGCUGAUGACCACAAGCGCCACAGCCAUGCUGUGCGCCGCCAUCAUGACUGAUCACUGGGAGCACGUCACAUGGGACCGCAACAGCCUUGAUCGCUACUCCAAUCGGUCGGGACUGCACCUGGAGUGGCUUCUAGACGACCAGGUGGCUAUGCUCAAGCCGGACAAGAGGGCCGAUCAUCGCUUCCGGCGCGACUCCGUUUUCCUGGUGCCCAUGCACGGCGGCAUCUGGACACUGUGCAUUGAUCUGCCCAUUCAGCAGCUGCAGGAACUGCGGCGCAAUCCCAAGUUCCCACGCGGUGCUCCGCCGUGUGUCAACUACCUGGCCGGCUCAAUGGAAAACGCACGCGGCGAGGAGCAGCGCAACGACUGGCAGCACAGUGAGUCACAGGUCACUCUGCAGCCGCAUCUGAGUACGUAUCCAGGGGCAACCCGUAUGUAAAUCCCAGUCCAGAUCCACAUCCGCUGU